GAUUGAAUCAGCUGGUUAUAUGUGUUGUUUAUUAUUCUCGAAGCAAUAACAUCUGUUGACGCUGCUAGCGAUAUGGAACAUGUAUCGGUAGAUUGUGAGCUAAUUGAAUCCUCGAACGAAAAGACAUAAACAGGUCAGAUCACAUGACAACGUGUAAACGGGGACUGAGAAAGCGGACAGAAAGUCAGUAGCGAGAGAGGCAUUGAAAGCAAAGGACGCUAAGGCCACUAUUUUUGAGUUUUUUCCUUUAUUGUGCUACGUAUUAGUUAAAUAAAUGGAUUUAGUAUUAAAAAACUUCAAAAACGGCUCGCGUUUGUUGCAUACGCAACAAAAUUCUCAAAAAUAAUGUCGAUAUUGUGAUGCAAUAUCCGCAGCAGAGACAUCAUUGUGGUGUGUGACAGAGACCGGGAACGCGUGGGAACACGCUAUAAGAACAAAAGCGUUUUUCGUGCUACAACAGAAAGAUACGGUGCGACGUAUGAAACAGUGUGUGUAUGUGCGAUAAAAGAACGCGUGUGAUCUUGUAUUAACCGGUAAAGACCUCAGGUGCUACUCGGUAAUAAAGUACGGCUGCGUGGAUUCCGUACAAAGACCAUACAAAACAAAAUGGAGGAUCAGGCGUCAACGAGCGGCCAUGAUGCCGGUAGUGUUGGUGUGAGUGAAGUGACGCCUGAGAAGAAAGGACCAUCGAAGAAACCCACAAAGGGCGGCCACGAGGCCGAUAGUGUUGGGCAAAAGAACCUUUCAAAGAAAAAGCUAUCGUUCCGGGUUACAACUCCAACUCGUCGUGUGACUCGCAGCGCAAAAAAGGCACAUGGAAAUGUGAAGAAACAAACUGUGCAAGUGGCGGUAUCUUCAUCGGAAAGUGAUAGUUCUAGUGAGAAAGAAGAAGAAGUAGAACCAACAAGUGUGGACGUGCAACCAACUAAGGAACAAAGGCGUGCUCGACACGGCAUUUCUCAGAAGCUUCCUGAGUUCAAUGGCAAACCACAGGAUUGGCCAAGAUUCUACGGCGCCUUUCUAGCCUCGAACAAAUCGUGUGGCUUCACGAAUAACGAGAAUCUUGUGCGGCUUCAAGAAUGCCUGAAAGGACCUGCCUUAGAACUGGUUCGCGGAAGGUUGAUAACGGCGGAAUCCGUUCCGCGAGUGAUCGAGAAGCUGGUGCAAGUGUACGGAAGACCUGAGCUUAUCUUGCAUAGCUUGUUAAAGAAAGUUCGUGAAGUAAAGGCUCCGAAGGCGUCGGAUCUAACCAGCUUCCUGCCGUUUAGCAACGCCGUCGAAGAGUUGUGUGAACAUCUCGAAGCAGCCCAGUUGAAAGACCAUCUACACAACCCGUUGCUUAUUCAGGAGCUGGUCGAUAAGCUCCCAGACGCAGACAAGCGGGCCUGGUCACGAUUUAAGAGAGGUCAUGGAUCCGUAUCGCUGCGAACGCUAACCGACUUCCUUGACGAGGUGGUGACCGAAGUUCUCGACACCACUUUGGAUCUCGGUAACUACAUGCCCCUAUCAUCGCAACCAAAGGACACUCGCAGAAGGGAAACGGUAGGCCAUCAUCAGACAACGCCAGCACAACAAGGGAGAAAGCCAUGCCUUGCAUGUGAAGCAACGGAUCAUCGUCUACGCAAUUGCACGGUGUUUAAGGAGUGGACAACAAGACAGCGGCAAGACUUUGUGGCGAAGUACAGUCUGUGUAGAUUGUGUCUCAACGGACAUCAAGGAAGGUGCUUCGCACCAAAGAGAUGCAACGUAGGUGAUUGCGACCAAAUGCACCACCCCCUUCUACACGAUCAGGAGCGUCUAUAACGCUGGUAGAGCGUCAAUUGGUGGAGCGUCUCGGAGCUGGCGGCGUUCCUGAGAAGCUCACCCUGCGAUGGACUGCUGGCAUUGAGAGAGUAGAGGACAAAUCGCAAAGGCUGAAUCUG